UUUAAUAGAAAAGAACAAUGGAUGUUAGGUGAGGAGGGAUUUGAGGCUUUUGCAAUCAGCUAAGUUGGAGGAGUUAUUAAGUUCUUGCUUUCAAGUUAUCACUGGGAAGAGACCUAAGCAAAAAGUGCAUCUUUUAGAAAGUUUGAAGAGAAGAAAAUGUGAUGGUGGAAAAUAUAAUUUUAUGGAGAGACUUUUAGGAGCUGCACGUUUAUUGUCAAAGAUGGUUGAGCCAAUGUUGAAGGCAGCUAUUGAGGUAUCUAUUUUGCUGGCUCGUUCAUUUUUUAUGUCGUUUUCUCUGACAAUUUUGGCUUUGCUUGCACGCCUUCGUGUCUUGGUUCAACAAAUUCUACUGGAUGUUGUUUUAGUAUUCAACAUGGUAUCAUCUCUAUCCCAAAAGAAGCACUCAGUAAAAAUAACCCAGGAAGGGAUUGAGGCAUAUAGGGAGUUUUAUCCAGCUGAUAAGGAAUAUAUUACUCUAGAAUGUGUCUGGAGUACAGACAAAUUCAUAUUACUUGAGAAGUCACAUAUGGGUGAUGUUAACAGUCAGGAAGAGGAUUCUGGAAGCAAAAUCCCUGCAGGAGAUCCUGCUGUACGGUACCAAAGUCUUGAGGCUUUUCUUGGGGAUGAUGAACCUGAUUCUCAGAAGGCAGAUAAAGACCAUGCUGCUGCAGAACGUCCAACAACUAAUAUUGAUGAGAACAAAAUCAAUUUGCUAGCAAGCCUGAGUGACGAUGGGAAGCAGGUUGAUGGUACUUCGAAAAUAGGAGAUGAUUCAGGCACAUCUGAAACCCCUGGCCAUGAAUUCACCCAGGAAGGUGAUUUGCUUGCCGCCUCAAGCUCUUCUCCAAGCUCAAAUCCAUCGAAAGUCAAGUCUAGCACGAAGAAAGUGGCAUUUGUGUCUGUGUCAGUCAAAAAACCUGCACCUUCAACAUCAAAUUCAUUGGAUCUUAAUAUCAAGGAAAUGGAGAAGAAAAGUGAUGAACCAGAAGAUAAAUUUUACAAUCUACUCACAGGUGGAAACCUCAAAGAUAGCCUCUUCUGAUAAUGGACUAGAGCAAACCAGCAAUUCUUUCAACUGAAAAAAUGUCUUGUAUCAUUAUCUUUUAACCCUUUUUAUUUUCUGGAGGUGCAGAAAAAAGAGAACUUCUUCAUCCCAUCUUAUCUGCAUCUCCUAAAGUUUUGUCUGGUUAUCACUUUCACAAUUUAGAAGUCAUAGACGAGGGAGGAAAUUACGUUUGAUUGUACAUAUGAGAUUAAAGGAGUUGAAAGAGAAAUUUUAUU